CUCAGGAGCGCCAAAUUCACCGGGAUGCGAAGGAGGGGAGGAGCGCCAGCAGCGGCAGAGGGGCCGCUGCGUUUAAAUUAAUGUCAACCUGCCUCAUCGCCGGGAGAACAAACCCAGCGCAGAUAGCGAAAGUACCGUGCUCAGCGCAACCCUGAGAGCCGCUCUACACAUAUUAACAUGACUCGGCGGCCGAGAAACAGUGUUUACAGUAGUGAGGAGGAUGAGGAGGAGACCGAGAUGUAUGAACAUGAUUAUGAUGGAUCACUUGCCAAGACAGGGAAACGGCAACUUGGCAAAACACGGUGGACACGAGAAGAGGAUGAGAAGUUGAAGAAACUCGUUGAGCUGCAUGGAUCAGAAGACUGGAAACUCAUUGCAAGCUUACUAUCUAAUCGUACAGAUGUGCAGUGCCAACACAGGUGGCAGAAAGUUCUAAACCCAGAACUCAUCAAAGGCCCAUGGACCAAAGAGGAAGACCAGAGGGUCAUUGAACUGGUCCAGAAGUAUGGAGCCAAGCGCUGGUCCGUUAUCGCCAAGCACCUGAAGGGGCGCAUCGGCAAGCAGUGCCGCGAGCGCUGGCACAACCACCUGAACCCAGAGGUGAAGAAGACAUCAUGGACCGAGGAGGAGGACCGGAUCAUCUACCAGGCACACGAGAAACUUGGCAACCGCUGGGCCGAAAUCGCUAAGCUGCUCCCUGGCAGGACUGACAACGCUAUAAAAAACCACUGGAAUUCCACCAUGAGGCGAAAGGUGGAACAAGAGGGCUAUCUCCAGAGCACCUCAAAGAACAACAGCCCCUCCCUCUCCAUCGGCCAUGGCUACGUCAAGACCAACAGUAACAUCAUGGGUUUCCCACACCACUCGCCCAGUCAUGCACAGCUGCCACUCAACUACGCCUACAUCACCGACACACACCGAGUACCGUUCCCCAUGGCAUUGCAUUUGAACAUCCUGAACAUUCCCCAGCAUGGAACCGCUGCUAUACAGAGACACUAUAGUGAGGAGGACCCUGAGAAAGAGAGGAGGGUGAAAGAAAUCGAACUGCAGCUCAUGUCAACAGAAGAUGAGCUGAGAGGCCAGCCAUCACGACCAAUUAAUAUGCCCUAUUCAGGCUGGGCCAGCCACAGCCCUUUGACCAGCAGUUCAGAGGCUGUGUCAAUGUUAUUACCUCAUCACCAGGCGGCCGCACCCGCCCUGCCUCUCGACCAGAGCUGCCUACCUGAGGAGAGUGCCUCCGCAACACGUGCCCACAACAAUCAAUGCCGCCACAAUAACAACAACAACAACAACACCAGCCAUCACAGCAGUUCGACGUUCUCAAAUACUAUUCCAGAGUUCAUGGAUUCUGUCAUUGAUUCAAGCCUCUCCUCAGUGGAUGAGGCCACUACCAGUGGUGUUCUCAGAACAGACAGGGUCUUGCCCAAUCAGGGCUCAAGAAUCGCUCAAGGAGCAUGGGCUGGUUUCAUCUGCUCAACUCCCAACAAGCCUUCACCAGGCAGAAACCUUCCCUUUUCACCCUCAGAGUUUCUCAACCAGUCAAUGAGUUCAGAACACUCCGACAGCGACAGUUUACCACUGAGCUCGCCUGUGGACACCAAGCCUCUGAUCGACCACACUGUCAGGCCCCAGAAGGAGAAUGAAAUGUUCAGGACUCCAAACAUUCGUCGUUCAAUCAUGGAGUCAUCUCCUUGCACACCCACACCUUUCAGGUCAACCCUGGCCCUCCAGGAGGCCAAGUAUGGUCCAAUGGUGGAGUCCAUCAAGCAGGAGCCGAUGGAGUGUGCCAUUGAUCAGCCUCCUCUGAAAAAGAUAAAACAAGAGGUGGAGUCCCCAUGUGAGAGGAGCCCAUGUAUGCAGUGGGAAGGACAAGACCUUCACACACAACUCUUCUCCCCCAACGGCCCAGCACAGGAAGUACCUGACCUACUUACGAGCUCAUUAUUGAGUGAAGAUGGACACAAAGCCUACCACUUCCCUCGCAGAGGCAUGAGCCCACUACAGCAGCUUCCAUGGGAUGAGGUGACCUGUGGGAAGACGGAGGAUCUCGUUUUGGCCUCGCCGCAGAGCCACAAGUACAUCAACUCUUUCCCUACGAGGACACUGGUCAUGUAGACAGACACAUAUGUUGAUCUGGACACAUCAACAAUCCCUGCGCUGCCGCGGGUUACAUAUUUGUUGUGGUACAACAGUUGGGAGAGGCUCUAUGCCAUUGGUGUUUAUACACUCACACUUGUUGGAUUUCGACCAACCAAAGACUAUAUACAUUUUUUGUUUUGAAAAUCUUUUAUAUAGAAUUUGCUUUUGGUUUGUUUUUGUUUUUUCAGAAAUGUACGUUCUAUCACUUUUGGUCUUGUCAUUGUAUUAUUAUCAAUGUUGUAUUAUAAUUGGGAAAUGGUGGCUAUAUAAUUUACAUUUGGGCUGUAUUAAUAAUUCCGAAUUUUGAUAUUAAUAUAAAGAACAAGUUGAUUAAUUUAUUUCCUUUUUUAUGAUGACUUUGUUAUUGUUGUUUUUACAAUUGGCCAAUGGAGCAGUGUUGUUGCAAGUAUUUAAGCCCUGUUAGCAUUAUCAUAAAUCCAAAGGCAUACUAAUUACAUCGAUACUGACCUCUGUAUUUCAGUCAUGAAAGUUUUCAGUUUCUUUAUGGUUUUCUUUUUCCUCUUUGUCUUUCUGGGUACAGUGGGUCUACUGAGAAUUUCAAGUGUUUGGUCUGUGCCACCCCCUGUAAACACUUUUAACUACCAAACAAGAACAGCUGCAUCUGUUCUUACAUUAUUAUUCAACUAUGAGUUAUCAUGCUUUACACCACAGAAGGGGCCAGCCUUAUUAGUAUUACCCAGUUACCACAUUGGCACCUUUAUUUCAUAAAAAGUUUUCAUUUCAACUUUUAAUUUAAUUCUGGUCUUGUAUGGAAAAACAUCCAACGAACAAACAUUAUAUCAUAUAUAUUGAAAUUUAAGUAUAUCCAUAUUAUAUUUAUACAUUGAAAAAUCUGAACUGAGCUUGUAUGUUUUGAAACCAUGAGCAUUUCCGAGUAAGAGUCAGACCAAGCUGCACUUGAAUUUUAUAUUCUCCAUAAAAAAGUGAGAGUUCGAAACACUGAUAUUUUAUACUAUGCUACAAACAAAAGCCCAAUUGAAACUUUUGUAUGUUGUUUUUUUUUUUUUAAAAAAACAUUUCUUUGAAUAGUUUUGAAUUGUUUUAUUCAAUCAGCAUUUUGAUUUCUUACUAAGACUGCAGUAGACCGUGUCAAACACUUAGCAGACAAUCUUUUUAUAUUUCAGAUGCCUUGUUUUUAUACUAGCUUUUUCAGCAAAAGUGAUUUUAUAAAAGCAUUUAUACAUGCCAAGUUUUCAUGUUUUUAUACUUUUAUAUACUGCCUAGUAAAUAAAGUGUGUUGUUUUUUUAACA